GUAUAUUUACUACCUUAUAAAAUAAUUAGGGUUAAUGAAGAUGUUAAACAGUUAAAUAUAAAUUAGUGAUUAUCAAAUUAUGUGAAAUACUGGGAAGGAGGUGAAGCACUCGAGAAUGUAUUGGCAUUGAAUUCUUUGCUUUAUCGACUUUGUAACUAUACUUUGAGAUUAAAGCGCUUUGCCAUGUGAUUUUGCAGGAAAUUAAGUGCAACGUAACAAACUAGAGUAUUAAAACACAAAAGACAAACGUUAUGAGCUGACAUGAUGAUUUUUUAUUUACAAAAUGUGGAAAGAGGUGGGAUAAGGUUCUUAAUAAAUCUUAUCUAAAUAUUAGCUGAGGUAAACAUUUUAUCUGUUUACAUCGUCCCUGCCUCGUUUUCAAGAUAUACUGAUCUAGACAUUACAUCAAAAACUACAACAUCAAAACUCAAGGAUGCACUGCCUUCUGAACUACAGAAGACUAAACCUACCCAUUACUUGUGGAAGCCUGUUGAUAUCUGGCUCCAAUUAUUUAAGAUGUCUGGGAUCUUCCAGGCCCAACUGUAAGGAAGCUGUAUACCAAGUUCAAAGGUCGCUGUCGAUGACAUUUGGUUCCUGUCAUAGGUUAAAAUACAUGAACAAUGGCUUGUUCAAAAUUGCCGGACCGAUGGAUAGGCAUAAACUGUGCUGUUCUAGUUUUUCACUUCCAAGACCGUUUUCACAGGGAGCUCCAAACGGCACCUCUCCAAAGUCCACAUCCACACCUCGGAUCAAAUUAAAAACUCGCCUGCUUGUGACUUUGAUUUUCGGUGGCAGCAUUUUAGCCACCUGGUACUUUGUGCGAUCUGAGAAGGAAAAGAAAGAACAGCUGCGGAGAAUUGAGCAGCUGAGGAAAGUGGCAAUUGGGCAGGGAGACUUCGACCUGGUGGACCACCAUGGGAGGCCCAGGACCAAGAAGGACUUCUUGGGUCAGUGGGUUCUCAUGUACUUCGGUUUCACUCAUUGUCCGGAUAUCUGCCCCGAUGAGCUUGAGAAGAUGUCCAGCGUGGUCAGUAUUCUGGAUGAACACCAGGAGCUCCCACGGGUGCAGCCCAUAUUUGUCACGGUGGACCCAGAGAGGGACGACAUUAAGGCCAUGGCAAGUUACGUGAAAGAUUUCCACCCUCGUCUUCUUGGGCUGACAGGGACUCCCGAACAGGUGAAAGCAGCUGGGAAGGCUUACAGAGUGUACUAUAGCAUGGGCCCAAAGGAUGAUGACAAUGACUACAUAGUGGAUCACACCAUCAUCAUUUAUCUUCUCAAUCCAGAUGGGCUGUUCCUGGAUUAUUACAACAGAAGCAAAUCUGAUAAGCAAAUAGCAGAGAGUAUCAAAAAGCACAUGCAAACGUACGUGAAGUUAUUCACUUAGAAACCGAAUUCGCAAUAAUGCUCCGGGAGGGACCUUUGGAAUAACACAACCCAGUCAAACCACGGAAAGAAAGGUUUCCAAUAGGUUCUAUGGGGGAGACAGUUUUGUGCAGUCAAAGUGACCAAACCACAAUGCUCUAUUCUUUUCAAUAAGUGUAAAUUGUACUGUUGGUUUUAGUGGGUCAAUUUAGAGUUUUAUCAUCACUCCUGUUUAUAUAUAUAUAUGUUAUUUGUGCAUUGGUGUACUGUGCUUUUAGCCACUCAAAAGUGAUUAGUAAAUGUAUCAAUACAAAUAAUCUGUAUUGUUG